CUACUAAGGAUGGUGUUAACAUACAGGGUUACACUGUCUGGUCUCUACUGGAUAAAUUCGAAUGGGAACAAGGUUAUUCUGAGAGAUUUGGACUCUACUAUGUUGACUUUCAAUAUCAGAACAAACCUCGGUACCCAAAAGCUUCAGUUCACUAUUAUAAGGCAAUAGUUGAAGCAAAUGGAUUUCCUAACCCAAGGGAGGUAAGGCCACUUUCUGCUAAUUUUUGCUUCAUGGAGAAAGGCAAAAUUGAUCAGAUCUGA